GCUAUAAUUGGCGAGCUGCGUCUCAGCUUGCGACGCAACGCCGCCUGCGGAACAUGACAACUUUAAAGAUUCCCGUCCAACCUCGCAAGUCCAACACGUUCCACCAUUAAACAUCUACGAACCUCUUUAUCGACACCGCAGACACGAGCACGCGAAAGUCAUUCCGCGACCCAUGAGAAACAACCUUAAUACCGAAGAAUCAACCUAGACUUCCAGAUUCCUUCGCUUCAACUACCUGACCUAAGCCUUCUCUGCCGACGACUCCGAGUUUCUUGAGGGCGCACUCCUCGGUAUCGCCUGUGCCGUCCAGGCCCGUUCUCGGGAUACCGCGCUCACCCGUCUCUUCGUUCGCGCAGCCAUAUUGAUGACCUCCCGACCCGUGAUAUCUGAACCAUGAGGGUCAGGGGAGCUCUGCAGGCGGCAGCCGUGCUGGCCACAGCCCUCUGGGCGACACCCCUCGCCGCGAAGAACGACGGGCCAACCUUCCACUCGAAGGCAUUCGAGAACAUACCCAAAAAUCUCAACUACUUUUCCGACUCGGACACGGUCCUCUUUCAAGACACAUCUUCCAACAAUGUCUACCUCUCCGACGACCAUGGCGUGAACUGGGAGCGCGUGGAUGCCGUACCCGACGGCAAGGCUUGGUUGUUGCGCAUGCACGACUUUGACUCGAAACGCGCCUAUAUACUCACCGAAGGUACCACCCAUUUUCGAACUAGCGACCGGGGAAAGACAUGGGACACGUUCAAGUCCGGCACCGAGAUGAGCAUGUUCCGCGCCGACAUAUUGCGGUUCCACGCUACCGACCCCGACCGCAUCCUCUUCAACGGCAUGAUCUGCGAGGGCAUGCUCUGCCAGGAGGUGGUUCAAUACACCACCGACGGUUUCAAGACGCCCGCCAAGGAGCUGCGCAGGAAUACCGACGGCUGCUGGUGGGCUAAGUCUUCGGAUUUGUUCACCACGGGAGCCGAGGAUUUGGACAACAACCGUAUUCUCUGCGUCGUCAGGGACACGUUUUCGCCAUUCAAGCAGGACCAGCGCCUCUUGAUCUCGGACAACUUCUUCCAAGCCGGCGACGACAGCCGCGACAUCCAAGAGUUCGAGCCCGACCUCGACAUGAACAAACCGGUGCAGGGUGUGGUGAACGUCGCGGUGGUGAAGAAGUACCUGCUCGUGGCGACGAGCUCCAUGAACACGGAUGAGAUGGCCCUCUUCGUGAGCGACGACACCAAGAAGUGGCACCGCGCCGUCUUCCCGGCGACCCACGAUGACCACGACCACCGCGUCCUCCAGGAGGCGUACACGGUGCUGGAGAGCACCAACUACAGCAUCCAAAUCGACGUCAUGACCACCCGGCCGUCCAAUCCCAUGGGCGUCAUGUUCACGAGCAACUCCAAUGGCACCUACUUCACCGAAAACAUCCCACACACCAACCGCGACCAGCGGGGCCACGUCGAUUUCGAGAAGAUUGCCGGUAUUCAGGGUGUUUUCCUGGUGAACAAGGUUGAUAACUGGGAAGAAGUUGCAAAGAAGGCGAGCGCCAAGAAGAAGCUUGUGUCGGAGAUCACCUUCGACGAUGGCCGUACCUUCGAGCCUGUGACGGCUGGUGACAAGAGGAUCCACCUCCACUCGGUCACCGACCUGAGCAACGUGGGGCGUGUCUUUUCGAGCCCCGCGCCGGGCCUCCUCAUGGCGAUCGGCAACAGGGGUGACUAUCUGAAGGAUUACUGGGAGGAUGGCAACCUCUACGUCUCGGAUGAUGCGGGCAUGACCUGGAACAAGGCGCUUGACGGUCCGCACAAGUACGAGUUUGGUGACCAGGGUUCCAUCCUCGUCGCUGUGCGGGACUCCAAGGAGGUCGAUGUCAGCGAGAUCAGCUACUCGCUCGACCACGGACUCAACUGGAACAAGCAGGCCCUGCCCGACGAUCUCAAGAUCAGGCCAUACAUCCUCACGACCACGCAAGAAUCGGCCAGCCUCAAAUUCCUCCUCAUCGGCAUGACGGAAAAGUCACCGGAGUGGCAAGUCAUCUCCAUCGACUUCGACGGCCUUCACGAAGCCACUUGCAAGGAAGACGACAUGGAGGAGUGGUUCGCGCGCGUGGACAAGGACGGGAAGCCGACUUGCCUGAUGGGCCACACCCAGAGCUUCCCGCGCCGCAAGAAGAAGGCCGAGUGCUUCUUGAAGCAAGAGUUCAAACACGCCGUGGCAAAGACGGAGAACUGCAAGUGCACCGACGCCGACUACGAAUGUGAUUUCAACUUUGCGAGGGAGGACGGCAAGUGCGUGGCCAAAGGCCCCAUCAUCCCGCCUGAGGACGUGUGCCGCGACGCUAAGCCCGACGAUACCUUCAAGGGGACAUCGGGGUAUCGCAAACUCCCCGGAAACACGUGCGAGGCGACCGAGGAGAUGGAUGACAAGUACAAAGACGUCGAGAGGAAGUGCUCCGAGAUUGGUGGCGGCGACAAGCCGUCGGCCCCGGCAACGGAUCAGAUCGAACAGACGGAAAAGGUUUUCGAGAAGGACUGGGAUAGGUGGGAGAAGCACUACCUGGAACGGGGCGAGUCGAGCUCUACUGAAGGCGAAACCAUCAUCAUGCGUGGACGGACGAAGUCCACACUCGGCCCUAUCUACGUGACGGAGGACCACGGCAAGAAGUGGCACGUCCCCAAGGAUCUCAAGGACGAAGAGAUCUUGCACAUCGUUCCACACCAGUACUUCAAAGAUAUGGUCUUUUUCCUCACGACUGGAAAGAAGAUCAUCUACACUACCGACCGCGGCCGCAGCUUCCACAGCUUCAAGGCGCCCAACGAGCCUUCCGACGACGUGUUCCCCCUGUCCUUCCACCCGGAUAAAAAGAACUGGCUGAUGUGGAUGGGCAAGAAGUGCGACAGCUCCGACGGCUGCUACGGUGUUGUCUCGUACACCAAGGACGGCGGAGAUCACUGGCAGUCGCCCGGCCACUAUGUCCGGCGUUGCGAGUUUAUCGGGUCGAGCGCUUACAAGUAUCCCAACCGCAAGGAGGAACAGAUACUCUGCAUCAAGCACGAGAAGGAGAGCAUGGCCAAGGACAACCCGAUGGUGCUGGUCUCGAGUGACGAUUGGCUCGACAACCAGGUGGUUCGCCAAAAGAACGUGAAGGAGUUUGCUACCAUGGCCGAGUUCGUCGUCGUGGCCACCGAGAAUUCGGCCAACAAGACUCUCCAAGCUAGCGCCAGUCUUGACGGGACGACUUUUGCGGAUGCGCUGUUUCCCCAUGGGUUUGUCGUCCCGCACCAGCAUAUCUACACGGUCCUGGACAGUUCGACCCACGCCGUCAACUUGUUUGUCGCUACCAAUAUGGACGGCAACCUUUGCAACCACGGCACGAUUCUCAAGAGCAACUCCAACGGGACCUCGUACGUGGUCAGCGUGGGGAAUGUCAACUGCGACGAGGAUUCCUACGUCGACUUUGACAAGAUUGCCGGCCUGGAAGGCGUUGCGCUGGUGAACGUGGUCGCCAACCCCGACGAGGACAGCAGCGCGCCGAAGAAGCUGCAAACCAAGAUCACGCACAAUGACGGUGCGCAGUGGGCGUACUUGUCGACGCCCCCCGACGACGAGAUGGGCAAGUUCCCUUGCCAGUCCAGCGGCGAUGAGAAGUGCGCGCUGCACUUGCAUGGCUACACGGAGCGCAGGCUCCGCGGCAAGACCUACUCGUCGGAGAGCGCCGUCGGCAUCAUGUUUGCUUGGGGCAACGUCGGCGACACGCUGGGCCUCCGGAAGGAUUCGGAUACCUUCAUGACCACCGACGCCGGCGUCACCUGGAAGCGGGUCAAGGAGGGUCAGUGGACGUGGGCGAUCGGCGACCAGGGUGGCGUCAUCGUCCUCGUCCAGACCACGGCCGUGUCGCGGAAGAAGACGAAGAGCCUCAUCUACUCGCUCGACCAAGGCAAGACCUGGAAAGAGCACGAGUUCGUGUCGGACGAGGUCGAGGUGUGGGACGUGACCACCCUGCGGUCCGGCGGCUCGCGGAACUUCUUGCUCUGGGGUAAGGGCAGCAAGGGGCCCUUCACGCUGAACCUGGAUUUCUCAGGCUUCAGCGACCGCGUGUGCGAGCUGGACGACGAUCUGGACAAGUCGGACUACGACGUCUGGUCGCCCAUGCACCCGAUGCAGUCCGACGGCUGCCUCUUCGGCCACGUCUCGCAGUACCUGCGCAAGAAGUCGGACCGCAAGUGCUACAACGACUUUAAGCUGCAGCCCCUCUACGGCAAGCAAAACUGCAGCUGCACCCGGGAGGACUUUGAAUGCGACUACAACUACCAACUCGACCCCUUCGGCCAGUGCUCUCUCGUCGCCGGUCUCGAACCCAAAGACCCCGCCGCCUGGUGCCUCCAGCACCCCGACGAGAUCGAGUACCACGAACCCACGGGCUACCGGCGCAUCCCCUUAACAACCUGCGUCGGCGGCCGCCAGCCCGACAAGGAAUCCCCCGUGCACCCGUGCGCCGGCCACGAGGAGGAGUACGAGCGCAAGCACGCCGUCUCGGGCGUCGCGCUCUUCUUCGCCAUCACCGUCCCCUUCGCCCUCGCCGCCGCUGCGGGCUGGUAUGUCUGGCGCAACUGGAACGGCAAGUUCGGCCAGAUCCGUCUUGGUGAUGGCGGCGCGGCCGUGUUUGAGGCCGAUCGGCCCUGGGUCAGGUAUCCUGUGAUUGCGCUCAGCGCGCUGGCGGCCGUGGUGGUGGCGCUGCCGGUGGUGGCCGGGGCGGUUUGGCGCAGUGUGAGUAACUUGGUUGGGGGUGGUGGUCGUGGGGGUGCGGGUGGGGAUGGGAGGGGGAGGUGGAGUCGUCUUGGGGGUGGUGGUGGGACGACGAGGUUUACGACGAGGGAUAGCUUUGCGAGGGGCGGGGAUUAUGCGGUGGUGGACGAUGAUGAGGGGGAGUUGUUGGGGGAGGAUAGUGAUGAGGAGGUAUGA